AUGGACGUUAACUGUAAACCGAUCAAGAAUCAGGUGGAUCUUUCAUUAAAGCUAGCGAAACACGUUUUCUCUAUAGAGGCCGUAGGAGAUUCCAACCUAGUUUUAUCUCCUCUCUCCAUUAACGCCAUCUUGAGCCUCAUCGCCGCCGGCUCCGAUUCCCCAACUCGCGACCAGCUCCUCGCUUUUCUCAACUCAGACUCCACCGACGAUCUCAACACAUUUUACUCUCAGAUUGUUGGCAAUAUACUCGCAGACAGCAGCCUUACCGGCGGCCCAUGCUUGUCGGUGGCCAACGGUUUGUGGAUCGGCCGCACUCUGCCGUUAAAACCUUCAUUCAAGCAUGUGGUGGACAAUGUUUACAAGGGCGCUACUGAAUCGGUUGAUUUUCAAAACAAGUGCUUCACACUAUUACUUCUUCUUCUUAUGGGCUUAGCUUCAAACUCGAAUUCAAAUCUCCAAAGACACAUGACUACUCUUCGCUCUAUGUUUUGCACUCCACCUGUCUCAGAGAAAACAAGGUAUAUCAUCACAGUUUAA